ACCUACCGCAUUUUUUUCAUUGGCAUUCGGCAGUGAAGUCUGAGGUUGGAGUGGAAAGGAGUCAAGCCUUGUGACUGUAUUUCUCUGAUCGGAGUUGAAAUCGGCUAUGGAUUCGGACUACGGAAUUGCUAGGGAGCUCUCUGAUCUGCAGAAGCUUCGUUCUCAUUACCAACCGGAAGUUCCGCCCUGCCUGCAGGGAACGACUGUUCGUGUAGAAUUUGGUGAUGCAACAACUACUGCAGAUCCUGCAGGCGCCCACAUCUUAAGUCGGACUUUUCCUCAUACCUAUGGUCAACCAUUGGCACACUUCCUCCGGGCAACUGCCAAGGUUCCUGAUGCUCAGAUAAUUACUGAGCAUCCUGCUGUUAGGGUUGGCGUGGUUUUCUGUGGUCGACAAUCACCUGGUGGACAUAAUGUUAUAUGGGGUCUUCAUGAAGCUCUGAAAAUUCACAACCCCAAAAAUGUGUUGCUUGGAUUUUUGGGUGGUUCUGAUGGCUUAUUUGCUCAGAAAACUAUAGAGAUUUCUGAUGAGAUUCUUGCCACCUACAAAAAUCAAGGUGGCUAUGAUUUGCUGGGACGAACCAAAGAUCAAAUUAGAACAAUUGAACAAGUGAAUGCAGCCUUUAAUGCAUGCACUGCUUUGAAGCUCAAUGCUCUCGUCAUUAUUGGGGGUGUGACGUCCAACACAGAUGCAGCACAACUUGCUGAAACCUUUGCGGAAAGAAAGUGCCCCACAAAGGUUGUUGGAAUUCCUGUAACAUUAAAUGGGGAUCUUAAAAAUCAAUUUGUUGAGACCAAUGUGGGUUAUGACACCAUAUGCAAGGUCAACUCUCAGCUGAUUAGUAAUGUUUGCACGGAUGCGCUCUCAGCAGAGAAGUAUUACUAUUUUAUUCGACUCAUGGGGCGGAAGGCAUCUCAUGUUGCAUUGGAAUGCACCCUCCAAUCUCAUCCCAAUAUGGUGAUUCUUGCUGAGGAAGUGGCUGCAUCCAAACUCACACUAUUUGACAUCACAAAACAAAUAUGUGAUGCGGUUCAAGCAAGGGCCGAGAAAGAUAAAUACCAUGGUGUCAUUCUAUUGCCUGAGGGGCUUAUAGAAAGCAUCCCUGAAGUGUACGCUCUCUUGCAGGAAAUACAUGGUUUGCUUAGGCAAGGUGUUUCUGCUGACAACAUUUCUGCUCAACUGUCUCCAUGGGCAUCUGCGUUGUUUGAUUUCCUUCCACCUUUCAUCAGGAAACAGCUCCUCCUUCACCCAGAAUCUGAUGAUUCUGCCCAGCUGUCUCAGAUUGAGACGGAGAAGCUCCUAGCCCAUCUCGUUGAGACUGAAAUGAACAAGCGAUUGAAAGAGGGCACCUACAAAGGCAAAAAAUUCAAUGGCAUUUGCCACUUCUUUGGCUAUCAAGCUCGAGGUUCGUUGCCGUCAAAAUUUGACUGCGAUUAUGCCUAUGUGCUCGGUCACGUUGCCUAUCACAUACUUGCUGCUGGUUUGAAUGGCUACAUGGCAACCAUAACCAACUUGAAGAAUCCCGUGAACAAGUGGCGCUGCGGCGCCGCUCCGAUUACUGCCAUGAUGACUGUUAGGCGAUACGGUCACGGCCCUGGAGCCUCAAACAUCGGGAAACCGAUGCUGCAUCCUGCCGCUGUUGACUUGAAGGGCAAGGCCUAUGAGCUGUUGAGGCAAAAUGCGGCCAAAUUCUUGAUGGACGACGUGUACAGAAACCCGGGACCUCUUCAGUACGAAGGCCCCGGCGCAGAGGCAAAGCCGCUAACACUCUGCGUCGAAGAUCAGGACUACAUGGGACGGAUCAAACAACUGCAAGAACACCUCGACAAGGUGCGUUCGAUAGUGAAACCGGGAUGCUCCCAAGACGUGCUUAAAGCAGCUUUGAGUGCAAUGGCUUCAGUGACCGAUAUUUUAUCGGUCAUGUCGGGCAGCACGGGGACCAACCCCUUCUAGAAAGUGCCCCCGGUAUGCGGUCUCGGCUAAUUUGUGUCUUGUUACUUGGAGAGAUUUGGAUGUGCGUUUUGUGUCCGGAAUUUAAUUUUGUGUCCGAGAAGAUGUUCUUUGAGCCUGUUUUAUUACAUGACAUGAUAUUGGGUAAUGAAUGAGCUGUGAAGAUUCUUGUCUUAUGCCCUUAUUCACACCCUGUUUGUUGAGAAAUUUGUUCUUUGUUAUUGUUUGCUACUGAAUUUAUAAAUGGAAUGGGUGAGUUAGAAAUA